AACUGGGAUCCUGAAGGAAGUGGGGGGAGAGCUACGCAAAGUCGGGAACUUUGGAAGUGGUUGAUGAAGGCACAGAACUCCUAAAUGUUGCUUUUAGACACUCGGUUUCAGUAUAAUUGUUUUAUUCUCUUGGUCAUUUCCAACUUACAAAACCCGACAACAGGGUGUAAAGAUUUUUCUGUGGCCACGCCCCAAAUGACGGAAAACUUGGAACCAGGGACGCAGGCUACGCAGGCGGAAGCGGAAGUACGUUUGCUGCUCCCAUGUGCCACUCUUUAGAGUGGUGUAAACGCCGCUGAUCGGUGGUGAGUUGCAAGAUUGAGUGACACUUCCCCGUUUCACCAUGGGCAAGAAGGGCAAAGUUGGGAAAAGCCGGCGGGACAAGUUCUAUCACUUGGCGAAGGAGACCGGUUAUCGUUCUCGCUCUGCUUUCAAGUUGAUUCAGCUGAAUCGCCGCUUUCAAUUCCUACAGAAGGCCCGAGCCUUGCUGGACCUGUGUGCUGCGCCAGGGGGAUGGCUGCAGGUGGCUGCCAAGUUUAUGCCUGUAUCCAGUCUUAUUGUGGGGGUGGACCUGGUUCCAAUCAAGCCUCUUCCCAAUGUGGUGACACUCCAGGAGGACAUCACAACAGAACGCUGUAGGCAGGCCUUGAGGAAGGAGCUGAAGACCUGGAAAGUUGAUGUUGUGCUCAAUGAUGGGGCCCCCAAUGUUGGGGCUAGCUGGGUCCAUGAUGCUUAUUCACAAGCCCACUUGACACUGAUGGCUCUGCGUUUGGCUUGUGAUUUUCUGGCCCGUGGUGGCUGCUUCAUCACAAAGGUUUUCCGUUCCCGUGAUUAUCAGCCCCUGCUGUGGAUCUUCCAGCAGCUAUUUCGCCAAGUCCAGGCCACCAAGCCCCAAGCGUCUCGCCAUGAAUCUGCAGAGAUCUUUGUAGUCUGCCAGGGAUUCCUGGCUCCCGACAAGGUUGACAGUAAAUUCUUUGACCCCAAAUUUGCCUUCAAGGAGGUUGAAGUGCAGGCCAAGACUGUUACUGAGUUGGUAACUAAGAAAAAACCAAAGGCUGAAGGCUAUGCUGAGGGUGACCUCACUCUGUAUCAUCGUACCUCAGUCACAGACUUCCUCCGAGCUGCCAACCCUGUUGACUUCCUCUCCAAAGCCAGCGAAAUAGCGCUAGAUGAUGAAGAGUUGGCACAGCAUCCAGCUACCACUGAGGACAUACGGGUGUGUUGUCAGGAUAUCAAAGUGCUGGGGCGCAAGGAGCUUAGGUCCUUACUGAAUUGGAGAACUAAACUUCGGCGGUACAUGGCAAAGAAGUUGAAAGAGCAAGCAAAAGCACUGGACAUCAGCCUCAGCUCAGGAGAGGAGGAAGAAGGUGAUGAAGAGGAAUCAACUGGGAAUGUGAGGCAGAUCUCUGAGGAGGAGGAAGAGGAGGAACAACUGAACCAGACCCUGGCAGAGAUGAAGGCCCAGGAGGUGGCAGAAUUAAAGAGGAAGAAAAAGAAGCUGCUGCGUGAGCAGAGAAAGCAGCGGGAGCGUGUGGAGCUGAAGAUGGAUCUUCCUGGGGUUUCCAUCGCAGAUGAAGGGGAGACUGGCAUGUUCUCCCUGCGCACCAUCUGCGGUCACCAGUUGUUAGAGGAGGUAACACACGGGGAUAUGAGUGCUGCAGACAUGUUUCUCUCUGAUCUGCCAAGAGAUGACAUCUAUGUAUCAGAUGUUGAGGAUGACGACGAGGCAUCUCUGGAUAGUGACCUGGAUCCAGAGGAGCUAGUAGGAGUCAGAGGAACUCAGAGUCUAAAGGACCAAAAGCGGUUAAGUGUACGAUUUGCUGAAGCAGAAGAUAAUAAAGAGGAGGAGGAAAAAGAAGAGAAUCCACUGCUGGUGCCAUUGGAGGAAAAGGUGGUCCUGCAGGAAGAACAAGCCAACCUGUGGUUCUCAAAGGAUGGCUUCAGUGGGAUAGAGGAUGAUGCUGACGAGGCUCUGGAGAUCAGUCAGGCCCAGCUGUUGUAUGAGAGCCGUCGAAAGGGGCAGUCACUGCCACCACCACCCUCCAGUUUGAAGACUGAGAGAAAACCUUCCCGGUGCCAGGACGAGGCCCCUAAGGAGGCAGAGGCUCCAUCAGGGACAGAGGCUGGCACUGGUGGGGAAGACAGUGACGACAGUUCUGACAGUGAUAGCAGCAGUGAGGAUGAAGAGAGCUGGGAACCACGACAUGGUAAGAAGCGAAGCCAUGGACCUAAGUCAGAUGAUGAUGGAUUCGAGAUAGUGCCUAUUCAGGACCCAGUGAAACAUCGGAUACUAGACCCUGAAGGCCUUGCUUUAGGUGCUAUUAUUGCCUCCUCCAAAAAGGCCAAGAGAGACCUCAUAGAUAACUCCUUCAACCGGUAUGCAUUUAAUGAGGAUGAGGGGGAGCUUCCAGAGUGGUUUGUGCAGGAGGAGAAGCAGCACAGGAUACGACAGUUGCCUAUUGACAAGAAAGAGGUGGAGCAUUACCGGAAACGCUGGCGGGAAAUCAAUGCACGUCCCAUCAAGAAAGUGGCUGAGGCUAAAGCCAGAAAGAAACGGAGGAUGUUGAAGAAGCUGGAGCAAACCAAGAAGAAGGCAGAAGCUGUGGUGAACACGGUGGACAUCUCAGAACGAGAGAAAAUGGCACAACUUAGAAGUCUCUACAAGAAGGCUGGGCUUGGUAAGGAGAAACGCCAUGUCACCUAUGUUGUAGCCAAAAAAGGUGUGGGCCGCAAAGUGCGCCGGCCAGCUGGAGUCAGAGGCCAUUUCAAGGUAGUGGACUCAAGGAUGAAGAAAGACCAAAGAGCACUGCAACGGAAGGAGCAGAAGAGAAAAAACAAGCGGAAGUGAGCAGAGCCUCCAGGGUCUGAAAAGGCAGUGUGAGGACAAAGAGGAGGGAUUCUGUGCCCUUUUCUGCAGCUUCCUUGGUACCAGCCCUGCCCUUGCUUGCAUUGCAGUCAUCUGAAAAAGACUGUGUGAGGUGGAGCACCUAUCACUCCAUCUCGGUGAUGACCCUGAAUGGUGAGGACAUCCUCUGCCUCAAGUAAGGGCUCCUGUGAAAGCACCGUUGGUGCCGUACCAGACCCCACAACCCUGUGGGGAAGAAUGUGGGGGUACUGGAUGAAAAAUACCUUUAUUAUUAAAUCAUAAGGGGACGCUGAGUGCUCGAGUGGCAUUCAUUCUAGUCUUCCCCCAUGUCAUCAUCCUCUUCAUUAUCAUUUAAAUAAAACCGUGAUUAUA